AUGGACGCGGCAACGAUCGAAGAGACGAACCGGAUCCGGAUAUCGCUGGGCAUGAAGCCCUUGCCGGUACCCGGAGCCGAUCCAUCGCCCCAAGCCGCGACGGCAGACGACGAAGAACCCGGAAGCACCGUCGAGAGUCGCCAGGCGCAGGCCUACGACAAUUACAAAAAGGUCCAGGAGGAAGAGGCCGCCAAGAAGCGACGCGAAGAAAGGGCUGCUGCGGUGCGAAAAGCCCGUGAAAAGGCCCAGCGGGCUGCUCUUCUCGAAGGGAAGGGGCUCGGCGAAGAGGAGGUUGGCGACCUGGAUGCCAAGUCGUGGUUGUUGGGCCAAAAGAAGAGACAGAAGCAGAUUGAAAAGGCACGGAAGCUGGAGGAGGAGCUUGCUGCGGCAGAAGCCGCGGCGGCUGCUGCCAUCCAGUAUACCUCUAAAGACCUCGCAGGCAUCAAAGUUGCGCACGACUCGACAGCCUUUCUGGACGGAGACGAACAGAUUCUUACUCUGAAAGACACCACAAUUGACGAGAACGAAGAAGAGGGCGAUGAGCUUGAGAACCUAAACCUCAGAGAACAAGAGAAGCUCACAGAGAGGCUGGACCUCAAAAAGAAGCUGAAGGGCUACAACCCCAAUGACUAUAAUGAUGGCGAGGGCACCAUAUUGGCACAGUACGACGAGGAGAUCAACGGCAAAAAGGCGAAAAAGUUCACUCUUGAUGAUGAUGGAACCAUCGCUGAGUUGUCAGAUAUUCUGGGCCAGCCGGAGCGGAAGGCCAAGAAGAUUCAGUCAAUCAGCCUUGAUGAUAUUAUUGAUGGUACACCUUCGUCCGACUACCUUGCCCCAUCAGAGAUCAAGGUCAAGAAGCCCAAGAAGAAGAAGGGCAGCAAGGGCACCAGACAAAAGCAGCUUGAUGAGGACGACAUCUUUCCCAUCGAACCUGCUACAGUGGAUGCCGGUGCCAUGGAUGUAGAUACGAAAGAUUCCUCCAUAUCCACUAAACGGAAAGCUACAGCGGAUGACUUUGCAGAUGACGAUGAUCUCCAAGCAUCACUGGCAAUCCAACGAAAGAAUGCGCUAAAGAAGCGCAAAAAGACACGCCCUGAGGAUAUUGCAAAGCAGCUCAAAGAGGAACAAGACGAGCCUGAGGAAGCCCCUAGUGGCGGCCUAGUAAUCGGCGAGAUUUCUGAAUUUGUUGCCGGGCUGAGCAAGCCAGACGAGGAAGAUCGCCGGGCAAGGAGGCAGAGAACGGCCACAAAAACUCCCGAACCGGAGGAUCGCCAUAUGGGCGGUCAAGACGAGGAUGCAGAGAUGGACGAAUACGCAAGAGAACACCAAGAAGCCCUUGCUGCUGCCCAGCAAGAAGAAGAGGAGAGAAGUCAAAAACAGGAAGAGAAAGAAGGAACAAUCAUUGGAGAAGAGAAAACCGUCGGCGAAGGCAUGGGUGCAGCUCUCGCUUUGCUUCGGGAGCGAGGACUCAUCGACUCUACUUCAAAGAGCGGAAGCUACGAAGACUUCAAGGCGCGCGAAGAGUUCCUUGUCAAGAAGCGAAUCCUGGAGACCGAGCUGGAAGAACAAACGCGGCACCAGAGAGAGCGCGACAGGAUGAGCGGGCGACUGGACCGCAUGUCCGUCAGGGAGAGGGAGGAAUGGGCUCGUCAGCAAAACACUCACCGCGACCACCUGCAGUCGAAGCGGAUGGCCGAGCUGUUCAACGCGACCUACAAGCCAAACGUCGAGCUAAAGUACGUCGACGACCACGGCCGGAGGCUGGACCAGAAGGAAGCCUUCAAGCACCUGAGCCACCAGUUCCACGGAAAGGGCAGCGGCAAGGGCAAGACGGAGAAGCUGCUCAAGAAGAUUGAUGACGAGAAGCGGCGCGAGGCCCAGAGCAUGUUCGACGCGAGCCAGAAUGCGGGUAUGAAUCUGGCGACGGCGCAGCAGCUGAAGAAGCGCAGGGAGGCGGGCGUACGGCUCGGCUAA